CUGGGCCGCCCACAGCGCACCGGGCCGGGGGAGCGGCCGCGCCGGGCCGGGCGGGCGGGUGGCGGGGGCGCGCUCGGGGGCCCGGGCCGCGUGGGCGCCGGGAUGGAGGGCGCCGAGGGGCGGGGAGCGGGCGUGCGUGUGUGUGCGAGUGCGAGUGCGAGGGAGGCCGGCCUUGAGUGAAACCGGAGCUACAAAGAAGGGGAGAGUCCGGGAGCGGGAGGGCGCGAGGGAGGAGCGGCGGCGCCGGGGCAGCUCCGACGCCCUCCCGCGGGGAAGGAGCCCCCGCGGAGCCGCCGAGGCCCCGAAGCGGGGCCGCCCCUCCGCCCGCCGCCCCGCGCCCGCCGGGAAUGAUGAAGAAGAACAAUUCCGCCAAACGGGGGCCUCAGGAUGGAAACCAGCAGCCUGCACCGCCCGAGAAGGUCGGCUGGGUCCGGAAAUUCUGCGGGAAAGGGAUUUUCAGGGAGAUUUGGAAAAACCGCUAUGUGAUGCUGAAGGGGGACCAGCUCUACAUCUCCGAAAAGGAGGUAAAAGAUGAGAAAAAUAUUCAAGAGGUGUUUGACCUGAGUGACUAUGAGAAGUGUGAAGAGCUCCGGAAGUCCAAGAGCAGGAGCAAGAAGAACCACAGCAAGUUUACUCUCGCCCACUCCAAACAGCCGGGCAACGUGGCACCCAACCUGAUAUUCCUGGCAGUGAGUCCAGAAGAGAAGGAAUCAUGGAUCAAUGCCCUCAACUCUGCCAUCACCCGAGCCAAGAACCGUAUCUUGGAUGAGGUCACCGUUGAGGAGGACAGCUAUCUUGCCCACCCCACUCGAGACAGGGCGAAAAUCCAGCACUCCCGUCGCCCCCCAACAAGGGGACACCUGAUGGCUGUGGCUUCCACCUCUACCUCAGAUGGAAUGCUGACCUUGGACCUGAUCCAAGAGGAAGACCCUUCCCCUGAGGAACCAACCUCUUGUGCUGAGAACUUUCGGGUUGACUUGGACAAGUCUGUGGGCCAGCUGGCAGGGAGCCGGCGGAGGGCAGACUCAGACCGCAUCCAGCCCUCUGCAGACCGGGCAAGCAGCCUCUCCCGACCUUGGGAGAAACCGGACAAGGGGGCCACCUACACCCCCCAGGCACCCAAGAAGUUGGCUCCCACAGAGAAAGGCCGCUGCGCCUCGCUGGAGGAGAUCCUGUCUCAGCGGGCCGCUGCCCCUCCCCGCACCCUCCAGCUUCGGGCUGAGGAACCCCCAACCCCUGUCCUUCCCAACCCGGGGCAGCUGUCCCGGAUCCAGGACCUGGUAGCAAGGAAACUGGAGAAGACUCAGGAGCUGCUGGCAGAGGUUCACGGCCUGGGGGAUGGGAAGCGAAAGGCCAAGGACCCCCCUGGGUCUCCGCCGGAUUCUGAGUCCGAGCAGCUGCUGCUGGAGACGGAGCGGCUGCUGGGAGAGGCGUCAUCGAAUUGGAGCCAGGCGAAGAGGGUGCUGCAGGAGGUCAGGGAGCUGAGAGACCUGUACAGACAGAUGGACCUGCAGACCCCCGACUCCCACCUCAGACAGACCACCCCACACAGUCAGUACCGGAAGAGCCUGAUGUGAGGGCAGGGGUGGGGCCUGGAACUCAUGGGGGUGGACAGACUCUUAUCUCCUUGUUGCUGGAUAAAGCUUUUUUAUUUACCUCAAUCAAAAAAAGAAACAAA